CCAUUGUAAGUAUUCCAGGAGAAGAUAAGAUAAUUUCGAAAGGGUUCAUGGAAUCGGUUGCUGAUGCGUCAGUUCUCAUUUAUGUCAUCAACAGCGCAUGUUCUGAUGAUGUGCAAGAAAAUAAGCUGAUGCAAUUGUGCAAACAGCUACAGUCAGAAACAGGAAUGAACAAUUUAAAUAGUUUCGAUUCAAAAUACAUGAUGUUUGUAUGUAAUAACUGGGAACUUGUUGAGAAAAAGGAACGCUCCGAUCCGGGCGCAGGGAAUAGAUACUGGAAAGAGAUUGUUUUGAAGAUCCAGAAAUAUUUCCCUGGAAUUUCUGAACAUGAUCAACUUUACAAGCUAAGCACCACCGAGGCCAGAAGAUGCAGGCGUUCAGGAACUGUAAUGAGCGAUCUAUUUAAGAAAGUUCACGAACGACUCCGGGCUUUGAUUCGCUCGAGUCAUAAAGGGAAAAUGCAGAAACAUUACAGGUGGCUGGACAGUCUCUUACAACACGUUCAAACUCAUGUAUUAGUAAGAAUACAAUUUGCCAACGAUGGCAGUAAGUCAAACAAUGAAGUGAAGCAAGGCUUUGAAAAACUACAGCGAUUCGUUUUGGAGUCGAAAAAGAUGAAGGAGGACUUAAAGCAACAAGCAUACGCACGGUGUACGCACAUGGUGCUGCUGAUUGAAACACACCUGAAUUAAAAGACUGUUAAAAGGGAUAUCAAGUGUAGAUUCUAUGCCAAUAUCAACAUGAACCUUUCCAAUGAUAACAUCAACGAAAUCAGAGCCAAGGGGAAGAGGUAUAUUCAAGAUAUUAUAUUAGAAGAAAUACAGAAAAGAAAUGGGAACUAGACUCUAAACACUACCAACGCACUGUUUCAAUACUAAACGCGGAAUUCGAAAAGAAAUUUCAAUCAUUGCAAGAAGAGUUUGAAGACGUUGAACGACUUAUUCCUAUUUCGAACGAUCCCGAUGUCAAAGAGUCUGAUGGAAUAGAAGACGACUAUUUACCAACUGGUAGUAAGGUCUUAAUUGCGAUGAGAGCUGCAUUAUGGAUACCGCUAGGUAUUGUGGCCGACUUAGUUUUUAUCCCGAUUGACAUUUUAUCACAUGUAAAUGAUGAAAGAAAAUUAAAAGAAUUUCUGGAAGAUAGGUCACCGUUCAUAAAAAAAUGGUGGAAGGAAUCUCAGAACGAAUUCUUGAAAAAGAAAUCAAUUGACAAAUGUGUUUUUGCCAAUUAUGCUACCAUCUUAAUGAAACAUAUUGUUUCCGUGUCAAUUAAGGCAGAUAUGGUGCUUCUUGAGUCCAUUUUAAAUGACAAACGGGAACCAAGCGAGAUAAUUGAGGAAUUUACGGAUAUAAAGACGAUCGUGCAAGAUCACAUUGCUUCAUUGAGAUUGUUUGAGCUUCAAUAUCUUGCCAUCAAUAGCGUUAACUGUGUGGACAGUUUUGAUUGAUUAAUAUUAUGGUAUGUUUCCCGUUUUAAAGUAACAACCGUAUAUGCAUACACACUUUUAUACUGAAGUGUUUUUGCAAAUUUAACUUAAUACAGUCAAGAGCGCACCGAACAAUAAUUCGCAUAAAGUGUAUACCAAUAAUUUUUGUAAGAACACACAC